UUCUAAGUCGAGAUAAAUGCCAUUUUGGUCAAUAAUGUCGCACAAAAAGGACAUGAUGAGGCUGCUGUUGGCCAACACGCUCUCCACGCACAUUGAAAUACAACGCAAAGCCUCCGAGGAGCUGGAGAAGGAGUUCUGCGAUGGUGCAAGCACUUUGGCCCUAUGCGAGCUCCUUAGCCUACAGCAGCCGGCAGAGCUGCGACUGUGCGCUGCAGAAAUAUUAUCCAAGCGGCUGUCGUCAUUUGAUCAGUGGAAAGGCCUGUCAGCGGUCAUGCAGGGCAAUGUGCAAACAAUGCUUUUCCAGGCGCUGCAGUCACUGAACCACUAUGACGACGCUGUGCUUCAGCAGUUGAUUGUGCAAAGUGUCUGCGUUCUGAUGGAUCACGAACGAACUGACAGCAAUGACGGCAAGGAGGCAAAAUGGGCCGAUGCAGUGUUUCAGUACGUGGAGGCAAUAUGUCUCUCCACCGCGACUGAGCUCCAGGAAUUGGGUGCCACUGUGCUGUGCCUGAUGGCCGAUGUGGCUCCUGGUGUGUUCAUUCAUCAAAUGGAUCGAGCUCAGCGAAUUAUCGUGAAUGGCCUGCGCUUGGCUGACGAAAGGAACCUGCUGGGCACUCCAAUAUCAGAUUGCCUGUGCAAGGCAUGGAACCGAGCCCUGCCCACAGGUCACUCGCAUUUGGCCGAUCGAACCGCCCUGUCGGCCUCGCUUCCCCUCGUUAUGAAAACUCUAAAAGAGCUUACUUCGCAGGACCCACCAGAUCGUGGCAAUUGCGUAUUCGACCUGCUGCACAAUCUAUUGGAGUUCACGCCCGAAGUGGUACAGAUGCAGUUGCCAUUCGUGCUGCAGGAUCUGAUACCCAUGACCGAGGACAUCAAUCUGGACAGAGCGAUCCGCGUACGGUCCAUUGAACUAUUGGGGUGCCUCAUUCUCCGCUGGCGACGCAACAUAAUCCGUAUGGGCUGGAUGAACAGGAUUCUAAUUGCACUGCACAGUCUGUUCGUUGAACGAGUACUAGAUGGGGACAGUGAGGAUUGUGCGGGUACACCAGAUGUACUCGCAGCUGGAAUUCACGUGCUGCUGAAGAUACUCCAGCAAUCAUCCACCGCCAGAGUGGCAGAACGUGCACUCCACCUCAUUGAGUCUGUAAUGUACGAGCAGGAGCAGCAGUCCGACACAAAGCGCAGUGGCACCCAAUACUUUCUGGCGGUGAUGGCCGACGGAUUCGUUCAUCAAAUAAAUCGACCAACCAUGGAUCGUUUCAUGGCCAUUGUUCAGAGCGGGCAAAUGGAUUUAAGUUCUACUGUACGCCAGGCAUCAUAUUAUGCGAUGGCCAAAAUGGUGGAACAUCUGCAGCCGGAGAUCACACUGCACGCCGACACAGUGUUCCCGAUUUUCUAUAACUUUCUUGACACGGACAAAAUAUCGGGAAAUCUGCGACUCUCGAAGAGGGAUUCCAUCAAAAAUUCCAACAUGUUCUACGCCCUGGAAAUCUUCGUCGAGAGCCUCAGACCCAAUGCUCUGAUUCUGCAUUUACCCGAUCUUAUGUAUCGACUUCUUCCUUACGUUCAGCCGGAACAGAAUUCGCUGUGGAUGCAGCACUUGGCGCUCCGCUGCAUCGCGACUCUGGCCCGGAAAGCGAAGUCUUCAUUUGAGCCGUACUUUGAUCCAGUGUGCGAUGUUGCUCUAGCAUUAAAUGAUGCAGGGGCUGAUGGGCAUAAUGAACUGGGAAUUUUACUCUGGACGCAAUCUUUGCAGAUCAUUGCCACAUUGGCUCUUGUGAGUCAAGAGAAGAUCGCUCCCCUGUGUCCCCGACUAAUGGACUACACCGUGGAACUAAUGCACGACAAGGACAAGGCAGACAUCAUAAUCUUUACGUACCCACUGCUGGCCGAACUGGCUGGCGUGGUACCCGAGAAGUUCAAAGAGCCCUUUCCUGUGAUAAUCGAGAAUCUCUUCCAGACUAUUGAUCGUCUGAAUGCCGAAGGCAGUACCCACAGCUGCAUCAGCACUUUCGCGGACAGCGGGGAUACCGAUGAGCGCGAGGAAGCUCUCCGCUGCAUCCAGAGCUUUGCCGAGCACUUGCCGGACCUACUUUUUCCAUACAGGUCGAGGGCCCUGCACUGUGCUCUCAAUUGCGUUGUACAGAAAAGGGAACUCGUGCAACGAGCUGCCUUCGAAGCGCUUUCCAAGCUUCUGCAACUGCAGUGCAGGGCCAAGAAGCUGUGCCAGAAAGUGUUCCCGCACCUCAUGGAAUUCGUGGAGACUACCAGUGACGCCGGAAACGCCAGUGCGGUACUGGCCUGCGUCCAGCUACUGCUGAAGGAUCCAAAGACCCAUUGCCGAGUGCUGAAGAACUAUGCGAGCGGGCUGCUCUUGCUUGUGGAGAAGAUCCUGCAACGUCGGCUCCGAUGCCAGGCUGUCAAGGAUGACACGACGCAGCCAACGCAGCCAAUAGAAUGCUGCAGUGAAAUUGUUUACCAGGAGAGCCAGUUGAUGGAACUGGUGGGCGACGUGCUGCCCAUCCUUGGCCACACGGUGGGACAGAAGGAGUUUGGCGGUUACUUCCGACGGCUGGUCAUACACUGCGAGCGCAGCUGCAUGAGGCAGUUCGAGGAUGGAAAUAUCACCGGCCAUCAAUCCCUCGUCGUUUAUGUUCUCUCCCGCUGCAUCGAUCAGCUGGCCAACAAUGGCAGGCCAUACUACAAUAUCCUAUGCAACGGCAUCAUCAAAGGUCUGCUCGAUGAAAAGUGGAUGGUGCGCGAACGCAGCAUGUUCUCCCUAAAAGUGAUGAUCCUCUGCUCCCAGGAUGAGGUGAAACAUAUCAUAAGGGCCGUCUCGGACACUGUGAUCACGGCUCUCCAGCCGGACACGAUUCUCUCGGUGGCCGAGCAGGAGCAUGUCUGCGGCUUGGUCUGCUUCAUGGUCAUCAUCGAUCACCAUCAUUGCCCCAUUGAGCAGUUUGUCGAGGCAAUCAUCCGCCACAUUCCCUUUGUCGAAGUCCCAACUGAGUACGUGAUUGUGGCUCGCUGCCUUAUGGUGCUCUUUGAGCACUACUAUGCCUACACCCGGCAACAUUUGUCCAAGGUCCUCCAUUUAAUCACUUCCCUUCUGGAUACAAGGGAGAUAAUGGAUCAAUGGUACCACAAGUGGUACAAGUUGCUACUUUUGAUCCGCAAAAAACAGUCCGAAUUUCUUUUCGACGACCCGAAGCAAACCGAGAUCUUAAGCAACCGAAAAGAGCAGACCGAACUUCUUAUCGACAGCAAGGAUGAGCCCGAGAUCCUUUGGGACGAUAAGAAACAGAGUGAAACUGUUCUCUUGAGCGCCGCCGACAAGGAGCACUAUAAGAAUCAGAACGCAUAAAUUCCUGUGCCUAGUCGAAUACUUACCUUUUUGCCAAAUUCCUAAUUUUUCAAUAUCUUAAGUAUAUGUAAAAUAUGUAAAUGUAAAAAUUUACGAAAAUUUUAAAAAUGU